GUAAUACACUUAUUACUCUUCAUGGUUUCAAUUGUUACAUGUACCAAUUACGGUACAGUGAAAUUUGAGUUACCAAAUUUGAGCUGUGUUCCUCCAGAUUAAGAUUCCAGCCUCUGCAGUCUCGUAUGUGUUAAUUUAUGUUGAUCUUUUUGUGUCUGUGAAAUCUGCAGGAUUGAGCGGGGAGUGUAAGACUUGUGAAGAACAGUCAGUGGAUCUUCCAUCGAGAGGUUUCUUUCAAGGGGCCGCACAGUUGGUCUUGACUCCAAUGGACAUCAGAGAGGUUCCCUAGACCGGUGGAAUGGAGAUACAUCCCUUGAACAACGAGGUCUAUCCCCUCAACACGGAGGAGCCAACGGAAGAGCCCGCCAAGGAAGCGGCGGAUUACAACGGGUUUAUGAUCCGGAGUCCCAGAUCCACCGAAAACGUCCUGACAGAGGAUCUCGAUGGACCGUCCAAACUUCAGGACUGGGCUUCCUUCAGCGAAUCCACCGGUGACGGCAAGGGAUGGGACGAGGCUCCAGCCCAGCACCCAGAGAUGGACAAUACCUUCCCUGUAAAUCGAGAGAUUUGGCGCAGAAAUGCAGACUUCAUUCUAUCGAUCAUUGGAUAUGCGGUUGACCUCGGCAAUGUGUGGAGAUUCCCCUACAUCUGCUAUCAGAACGGAGGCGGGGCCUUUCUACUGCCCUACAUUGUGAUGGCAAUAUUUGGUGGCAUCCCUCUCUUUUACAUGGAAUUGGCACUGGGGCAGUACCACAGGACCGGAGCCAUCUCCAUCUGGGCAAAGAUAUGCCCACUCUUCAAAGGAAUUGGAUAUGCAAUCUGUAUAAUAGAUCUGUAUAUGUCCUUUUACUAUAACACCAUUAUCUCCUGGGCUCUGUUCUAUCUCUACUCAUCGUUUAAUUCCGUGCCUCCCUGGACCUCCUGUGACAACAAGUGGAACACCCCCAACUGUACCAACUACUUCCUCAAGGAUAACGCCACCUGGACUGAGUUCUCCGUCUCACCGGCUGAGGAAUUUUAUGUUCGCCAAGUGCUUAUGCUUCAUAAAUCGAAUGGUUUGGGUGAUGUUGGCGGUAUCAACGGGCACCUUUUCAUUUGUCUGCUCAUAAUAUUUACUGUGGUGUACUUCAGUAUUUGGAAGGGCAUACGGACCUCUGGAAAGGUGGUGUGGGUGACGGCCACUCUGCCCUAUUUCGUGCUGUUCAUCCUCCUGAUCCGUGGGGCCACACUGCCAGGGUCUUGGAAAGGAAUCGUCUUCUACCUGCAUCCGCAGUGGGGAAAAAUCUUCACCCUGCAGGUGUGGAUUGAAGCAGCUAUGCAGAUUUUCUUCUCGCUGGGCCCUGGGUUUGGUGUCCUGAUGGCACUUGCCAGCUACAACAAAUUCAACAACAACUGCUUCAGGGAUGCAAUGAUCGGCAGCACUGUGAAUUGUUUGACCAGUAUCUUCGCUGGCUUUGUUAUAUUCACCAUCCUGGGCUACAUGGCGAAGAAGAGAAACGAAGAUGUUUCAGAAGUGGCCAAAGAUAUGGGACCGAGUCUUCUCUUCGUCACCUAUGCAGAGGCAUUGGCCAACAUGCCCGCAGCCUCCUUCCUCUCUGCCAUCUUCUUCCUCAUGGUCGUCACUCUGGGUCUGGACACCACGUUUGCAGGUCUGGAAGGUGUGAUCACCGCAGUAGUGGAUGAAUAUCCGCACUUACUGAGAAAACGGCGAGAGUGGGUUGUGCUGGUACUGAUCAUAAUCUGCACUCUGGGAUCGAUGAGCACCCUCACGUAUGGUGGAGCAUACGUGGUGACAUUAUUUGAACUAUAUGCCACAGGAACCGCUAUUAUUGUUGUGGUGUUUCUGGAGACCGUUGCUGUGUGUUGGCUUUACGGUAUGAAACAAUUAUGCGCAGAUAUUUGGGAAAUGAUUGGGACCGUUCCUGGGAAGUUCUGGCAGACAUGCUGGGCCAUUAUUAGUCCAAUUUUUCUUCUGUUCAUCAUUAUCUGUUUUCUGACACUUCCGAUGAAAAUUAAACUCUUUAAUUACACCUACCCUCACUGGUCUAAAGUGUUGGGCGAUUUCUUGGGCCUGUCCUCAGUUAUCUGGGUUCCAAUCUAUAUGAUAUACAAAAUCAUCAUUACACCUGGAACGCUUCAAGAGAGAAUCGCGAAAAGCAUAAUUCCUGAGAGGAAUGUAAUCGUAUCCUCUAUAGAUUUGGAUUACUGGAAUGCUUCUUAAUCAACAAUUAUUGGUGUGCUUUCCUUCUUGGACUAACUGUUCCGAUCAGCAAGAGGUAUUACAAGGUCAAAGAACCAAACCCAGAGUAACAGCAUGUCUCCAGAGAGCGCCUCUAACAGUAACUUUAGAGAUAUUAGUAUUUCCCUCAAAAUAUGUUUAAAUUGUCUUUUAGUUGGACUGGGACAUUUUUAAUGUUGAAAUAAGAGUUAGACAUUCCAAUUUCUAUUUACUGCCCACAGGGUGUUGUCGUACAUCUUGAUAACAAAUACCAUGUGACUGUUGCUAUGUUCUAUAAUGUAGCUUGUGUAUUUUAAUUGAGGAAUUGCUGCCUCACAGUAGAGUUGCUGCCUCAUAGCGUCAGAAACCUGGGUUCGAACAUGACGGCGGGUAAGGCGUUUGUACGUUCUCCCCGUGACCUCCGGGAUCUUCGGUUUACUCCCAUACUCCAAAGACGUCCAAGUCUGUAGGUUAAUUGGCUUUGGUAAAAUUGUAAAUUGUCCCUCGUGUGUGUGUGUGUAGGAUAGUGUUAGUGUACGGGGUGAUCACUGGUCAGCAUGGACUCUAUGGGCCGAAGGACCUGUUUCCUCGCUGUAUCUAAAAAACUAAAAUAAGUUAUAUUUAUAGGUGGACAACUUAUUACUGAAAUACAAGAUUUUCUUUCAUGACCAGUUUUGCAAAGCACCAUAUCAAGGUUCAUUAUGAAUUUGCAUUAAAUGCAAACUGGAUUUUUGUUGGAUUGCAAUGGCUACUGGAGGUUAUGCCUUAAAAAUUUGCUCAAAAUUGUAUAUUAUUAAUUUUUAACCUGUGUAUUCACAAUGCUGUUACAUUUGAUGUUACAAUUCACAUCAUUGUUUUUGAUGCCUUAUUUCUUAAAGUUUUCUAAACUGUUAAGAAGAAUUCAUAGUCACUCAAAUAAAAUUAGCUGCAAUAGAU